AUGCCGCAUCCCGACGUAGGCAACAGAGGGCGUCAGCGACAGGAAAACCCAGCAGAUGCCGACCGAAAUGUCAAUCUGCAGAUCUCUCAGGUGGCUCAACUCUUCGCUCGUCUGCAGCAGGAAAUCGAAGAGGCCUGCCCCAGAAACGCUAUUCACUUUAUUGUAGACUUCCUUUGCAAGCAUUACCCCGAACACCUCAAGGGAUUCGCCUCUGUCUGGAACUCUGAACAUAACAAUAAUGUAGCAAUGUAUAUGCUCGAGACAUUGUGCACGCUGACUGCUGAGUCGUUAGACGACAUCGAGAAGUUUAAUCAGACUCGGUGGCUGCCUGGACACAAGCAAACAUUCGCUGAUAUUGCAGGGAGGGUUAGGGCCUUCACAGAGGAAAGAGAUUACCUUAUUCGAGCUGCAUCGGGGUAUUGCCCUCAUCCUCAGUUGUCCGACGUCGUAGGGACCUGGAGAUUCGUUCUGGGUGCUGAGGAAGCAGACGAGCCGCUUGCAUGCGGCGGCGGCUCUCCCAACAUGAAUAUGGAGAAUUUAGACCCGACGCGCAACUCGUACGGAAACACCAACGAGAAGAAGAUGGAGUUUCUUAGUCGUGACGCUUCCCGGCAGCGGCCUGCAGAUCGGCACCUGGACAAUGGUGAGGAUUGGCAAGAAACGGUUCUUCGGCCUUAUGAAAUACAGCAAAGCUGGAGGGGCAGAAUGCAGAAGAAGAAUGAACGGUGCGAAAUCCGCGAGGGCGGCGGCAGACCUCCUUCGUUCAAAUGGAGUUGUUUCUAUGCAGAAAAAGAACAUCCAACGAACAGCGAAUCUUCUUUUGUUAUGUCUGGACACGACUACAAACUGCCAUCUCUGCCUCUUCUCUCUUCUCUUUCUGCAGCACCGGAUUCCCCGCAGUAA